CAUUGGCGCUCUUGGACCUCCUGCAGACACCUAUUAGGGGACGUUCGACUAUGAUCACGCGGUUUGAAGACCUGUGUCACUGAGGCAUGCGCUCGUUCACCGCAAUGUUCUCGUCUGUCAAGCCGAGUUCAUCGGAUAGCAUUCCUCCUUGAUCUCAAAACACGAUGGUGAGACCGAACACAAGAACCAUGGACGAGGAUGACGGAGUCCUCUGGACUUCGGCGCCCUUGCCCAGCGCGACAACUGUUGCUGAUGCAGCUAAUACGUCAUCAUUUCAAGUCACCGAUGUGGUGGAAGCCUUUCCAGGAGGAAUCGCAAUGUCCGUGCAGGAAGCCAUAGCCACCGCUCUCUCGCUAAGCUUCAUCACCGUCUUCACCGUGGUCGGCAACGUGCUGGUCAUUUGCUCCGUCUUCAACCACAAGCCGCUGCGCACCGUACAAAACGUAUUCCUCGUCUCUCUGGCCUUGGCUGACAUUGCAGUUGCGCUUCUCGUCAUGCCUUUCAACGUGGCGUACUCGAUAAUGGGCCGCUGGGUCUUCGGCCUGCAUUUCUGCGAGUUGUGGCUCACCUGCGAUGUCCUCUGUUGCACGGCGUCCAUCCUAAACUUGUGCGCCAUAGCGUUGGACCGGUACUGGGCCAUACACGACCCCAUCAACUACGCACAGAAGCGCACGCUACGACGGGUGCUACUCUCCAUCUUUCUGGUAUGGGUCAUCAGCGCCCUCAUCUCGGUGCCGCCUUUGAUCGGCUGGAACGACUGGCCCGAGCAAUUCGACGAGACAACACCUUGCCGACUCACGCAGGAGACCGGCUAUGUCCUGUACUCGGCCAGUGGGUCAUUCUUCAUCCCGCUGCUCAUCAUGAGCAUCGUGUACCUCAAGAUCUUUCUGGCUACACGCCGUAGGCUGCGGGAGCGGGCCAACGCCGCCGCCAAGGUACCGAGCUCGGCUACCCGCUGUCCUGCAAGCGCCGAGCCGUCGGUUGCGCUUCUUCAAGAACGCCACCCUUCGUCAUCAGAGGAAACACCUCCUCCACAGCACCGCGGGCAGGCCAGGGAAAGCCGGCCUUCGCUCGCCGACACCAGCGUUACGCUGGAGCAGAACGGCCGGCCGCCCAGCGUCAAGGUGUUCACCUGCUGGGAGGAGCGGCAGCGCAUCUCGCUCUCCCGCGAGAGGCGAGCCGCUCGGGUGCUGGGCAUCGUGAUGGGAGUGUUCGUGCUGUGCUGGCUUCCAUUCUUCAUAAUGUACGUGACGGCUGCCUUCUGCGACGAAUGCGUCCAGUCCGACCGCCUCGUCAACUUCAUCACCUGGCUGGGCUACGUGAACUCGGCACUCAACCCCGUCAUCUACACCGUGUUCAACACCGACUUUCGUCGCGCCUUUCGCAGCCUUCUCUGCUCUGGAACGCGCAGGACGCAUUUGUGAGGAAUGCGAUGCCUUCCCUUUUCGAUGGUGUGCGCGAGCGCAGACACAAAACUGUGAGAGGCUGUUGUGCAGCGCGUAUUGUCAGUAUAUUGUGAUGGCGCAGUGCUUCAAGUUGAGUUUGUAUCGUAAACUUGUAACGCGUACUGAACUACGGAGCGUGUGAUGACGGCGGUGGCGCUGUGUGAAAUAUUGCAGGGAAAGUUGUGGUGCUUGUGAAUAUCUCAAAGAAGGAACACUUUGUGGGUCUUGCUGUUUUAGAUUAACGGAAUCGCAAAAAGCUGGUUUCGCUGUAGCCUUAAUUAGAUUAGGCCCAACUACGUGUUUAGACCAGCCCGAAGAAGAGUUAUAGCAUGCAGGGUUGCUCUUUGUUUUCGUGUUUUGUCGUACUGCAGUGUGGCACAGUGAAUUAUGCUGCUUCUGAAUCACCCAACGAAGGAACGCGCUAGGAGCUCUCUGGAGUUUUAGGUUAACACAACUUAGCAGUAGCCGUAAUUAUGCGCAUCAACGUCGUAUAAGCCGGCGUCCAGAAUGCGUACAGUAUACGCGAUGAAACAGCACAUUUUGUGAUGACGGCGCUCAUAUUUAAUGCAAAAAAUUACGUUUCUAAUUCUGGCAGAUGUUAUAUUUCUUAUAUGUCUUUAUAUCAGUGCCAAACAAAAUUGGGCACUAUCGCAAUAAUAUUUCAACGGUGUUAUUACUUCGAUGGUUCUAACGCAAAAAAUCCAUAGUUUAAUUUGAACACACAUAAGCGGCAAAACUGUCUCCUACACUUUCACAAGUGUUUCUCGUACAAAAAAACUGAGAAGGAUGCCCGGCUAAGAAAAGCAAAUUCUGACACUAUAUAUAUUUGAACCAACAGGUAGCGCCAAAUUAUUAUCCGCCGUAACUAGUGCGGUCGUACAGAGUUCGAGAAAAUAGGAGGGUGAUCAUAUUCUUUGCAGUCCUACCAUCGCUAAAUGCUGGAGGCUAGGUUGCAACAGCUGGGAAAAGUACUAGACAUUCUGAUAAUAUAACUGCAUUUUGAUUACCUUAUCUGGUUGACGUAGGAUGGGCUAACCUUUGAACAGCCUGAAUAAAUAUCGCCGAGCAAGCUCCGUGACAAAAUUUUUAUUGAACAUAUCGUACAUCCUCGGCGCCUUUAUCGUCAUUCCAGAAGUAAUAAAUAAUAACUGAGGGUGCAAUACAGCUUUACGCUACCUAUGCUGUUUCAAUAUGAAGUCCUGGUUUGAAGAAAAAGUGCUUACUCUGUAUCCAGGGCUAAACCAGAAAAAUAUUUUUAAGGUUCAGUUUAUUGGAUACUUAGUAGGGGUAUCACUGCGUAUCAACUAGGUUUGUUUGAUACGCAGUUAAUCUAAGUUACUUUGUCGUGUCCCAGUCAUGCGUGAAUUCGUAUGUGUGCUUCGUGUAGCUCGUAGUAUUUAGAUAGCACUUGUUGGAAGAGCAAAGGUUUCUUCUGUUGAUGAGAGUGUAGAGAAAGCAGCUCGAGCCUUGACGGCGAGCAACAUCUUCCUUAGCGGAGGAUGGGAGAACGGAGCCUUAACGCGGCUCUAAACCGCUCUCCUCUGCCGCUAAAACUAAGUGCGCGUUCGUACCUUAUCGACGGGGGCUCUCACUCGCAGGAGUAUCGUCCUCGCAGUCUCGUCGCGUGUCUAUACGUAUGUAACUCCGUGACACCUGUCGCCUUCCUUCUAGUUGCGUCAGCACUGGCGCCAUAGAUCAUAAUGUUUCGUGAGCCUUGUAUUUAUUCCCACCCAAAACAGAUCCCCACGCAUAUGUGUAAACAUACCUUUUUGACAGAAAAGUCUAUAUCAACAGAAUAAGUGACUGAAUACAGCAUUUAUUAUAGAAAUUUCUAUAAUUAUAGGAAAGUAUCAAUGAGAGAAUUGUAGGUCAACAUGAGAAAUUCCC